GAGCGCUAUUUGAAAGCUGCUCGUCUCUGUUAGCUUUCAAACAAACCCAGGAUCCUGAUGGUAAAUUCUGCUGCUCGGAGCUGAAAUAAAUCACCGUUUUGUUUCUGUACGCCAAAGGUUGUCCUCGUUAGACAUGUCGUCUGUGGAAGUUCGCUCUGCGCUUCUAGCCGCUAACAACCCCUCAAAGACGGCUAAACCCACGCAGAGGAGAGCAGCUCUGGGAGAAAUCACCAACUGUAAUGGACCAGCAGCUAUCCCUAAGAAAGGACCUUCCAAAGCACCAUCCAAACCUUCCGGUCUUCAGAAAGCGAAGCCCCCUGGCCCCGUGGCUCCGGUCCUCCAGGUCCCAGCAGAUCCUCCUCCUGCAGCUCCAGAGGAGGCAGAUGUGUCCAUGAAGGUGGAGGAGGAGCUGUGCCAGGCGUUCUCUGAGACGCUGCUGACCAUUCAGGACGUUGACGAGCAGGAUGCCGACCAGCCACAGCUCUGCUCAGAAUACGUCAAAGAUAUCUACAAGUAUCUGCACAUGCUGGAGAUCCAGCAGGCCGUCAGAGCAAACUACAUGCAGGGUUAUGAAAUCACAGAACGCAUGAGGGCUCUCCUGAUCGACUGGCUGGUCCAGGUCCACGCCAGGUUCCAGCUGCUGCAGGAGACCCUGUACCUCACAGUGGCCAUCCUGGACCGGUUCCUGCAGGUCCAGCCGGUGUCUCGCAGGAAGCUGCAGCUGGUCGGAGUGACCGCCAUGCUGGUGGCCUGUAAGUACGAGGAGAUGUACGCUCCUGAGGUCGGAGACUUCGCCUACAUCACAGACAACGCCUUCACCAAAUCUCAGAUUCUGGAGAUGGAGCAGCUGGUUCUGAGGAGCCUCAACUUCCAGCUGGGACGUCCGCUGCCGCUCCACUUCCUCAGACGGGCUUCCAAAGUGGCAAACUCUGACACAGAGAGACACACUCUGGCUAAGUACCUGAUGGAGCUGACCCUCCUGGACUACUCCAUGGUCCACUACCGGCCCUCUGAGAUCGCUGCUGCCUCCCUCUGUCUGUCCCAGCUGCUGCUGGACGGCCUGCCCUGGUCUCCCACCCAGCAGCACUACUCCACCUACGACGAGGUCCACCUGAAGCCUAUCGUGCAGCACAUCGCCAAAAACGUUGUGAUGGUGAACGAGGGGAAAACUAAGUUCCAGGCCGUCAGGAACAAAUACUCAAGCAGCAAACUGAUGAAGAUCAGCCUGAUCCCUCAGCUGAAGUCUCUGAUCAUCGAGAACCUGGCGGCCGCUCUGCUCAGCAACCCCUGAGAGACUUUGACUUUCCAUCCAUGGACGUUUCACUUGCACUUUAUUGGAGCUUUAUCUCAACCUGUGGAGAAACUUUACUAGUUUUUAUAGGAUGUUUUUAAUUUUUCACCUGAGCUUCAUGGUUUACUUGAGAUCAGUUUUUCCUGAAUCUUUUGUGAUCUUCAGCUGCGUCGUGUCAAUCAAACCUCCAUCGGUUCAUUUACAACCAGCUUCUGUGACGCAGAAACGUCCUGCAGGGCUUUCUCUCAUCUGAGAUGUUAAAGAGGUGGUUUUCUGGCUGUAUGCUGGGAGGGACAUGAGGACGACAUUCAUCUCCAGGUCCAGAACAAACCUCCAGCUCCUCGUCCAGAGUUCUCGCCUCCUUUCAGGGAAGAUCUUUCUUCUGCUUCCAGAAGUCUGAGCUGUAAACUGGAUGCAACGACCUGAAGCUCUGCGUUUUAUCGGCUGUAAAUGAAAUGUUUAAGUGCCUUAUUUGUGUUCUCUUACAUGUUUUGCUGUAAUUAUUUUUAUAGUUUUAAUGUGUGCUGCAUGAUUCGGCUGCAUUUUAAGGCUCAGAUCGUGGACUUUAUGGUAUAAAGUAAAGCUAAAUAAAAGGUUUUAGGUA